AUGCAUUUUAUCAGUGCGUCCUUCUCGAACAUUUCCUCGUUGUUUGUGAGUGUAAACUCCGCUAACGAGUAUGUUGCAACUGCUAGUCAGGAUGGAAAUAUUAGAAUCAGGCGGAUGGAUCAGUUCACUGAUUUGGCAGAAUCAUCAAGUCAUCCUGAAGGGACCAACACGGAUAAUAAAGGCGACAGUUUGGUGCUAGAUGGCUCCGGCAGCCCGUCAAAUGCUGGAAACAAGGAAAACGAGAGUAUAACAGACUUAACUAAAGAGCAAGCAACGCUUUUUUCAGUAAAGGAUGGAAACACUAUGGAGAUGACACCACAGGAUGGAAAGCAUCCUCCUACGAUGCCUCUGCAUGCAAUUGAACCUGUCCCAUUUGUGGACAAGGAGAAACUAAAACUUUCCCAGCGACCAGUUAACAUAGUUGGCGUUAGGAGUAGAAGUAAGAUCACAUCGCUUAAAUACGCAAACUUGAAGCGGAACUGGAAUUUGUUGGCUGCCGUGUACAAGAACGGUGAAGUGUACAUUGUGAAGGAUCCACAGGAUUCACGAAAGGCAUCCAUCCGCCAGAUUUUCAAGCAUGCAAAUGGUUUAUUGCUUGAUUUUACCUGGUCGGCCGAUGAUCAACUUCUAGCCUUUUGCACGAUGAACAACGAGGUUAUUAUAUACGAUACUGUUUACUCGCGGAUUAUCAAGACUCUGCAUGUCCAUGGACUUCCGGUUCAUCCAAAAUCCGGAGAUACAAAGCUCGGAAACGGUAAAGAAGCAACGAAAUCGGUUUCACCAUCACCAUCAUUGGAUGCAAAGCAACCACAGACCAAGCUGCCAGCUCAAAAUGUCGCUGUUAAGGGAAUCGCUUUUGAUCACACGUGUGGAAAGUAUCUUUUAACGCUUGGUGAUGACAAAAUGGUGAAUAUACUAGAGUACCGUCUAACUCCAGACGAGAAAAACGGUCGAUCUUUCGAGUAUGCCGUGUCACAGAAGUUCUAUAAUCUUAUUAGCAGCUCCAAAUUGAACAAAGCUACCAUUAGAAAGGUCUCUUGGUCGACAGAUGAUCGUAUUGUGUGUGUUCCCAACACGGCCAAAAGUAGAGCCACAAUAUUGUCGCUUGUGAAAAACAACGAUCCAGUAAAGUCGCCAGCCUGGCAAGAGUGGAUGGUGCAGAAAGGCCGAGGAUUCAAGUGCACUAUGACGAGUUUUUCUCCAUCUAUAUACGAGAAUACGACUAAGGAUGGUGAUUCCAAGUUUACAUACGUGAUAGCUACAGCUUCUCCGGAUUCCAGCGUUUCCAUAUGGCGAACUUGCGAUUCUGCACCUUUCUAUGUGGCAAACGACAUCAGCACAAAGCCAAUACAGGAUAUAUGCUGGAGCAAGGAUGGACGAAUCCUCUUUCUGACCACGUACUCCGGAAAGUUGGUGCUUGGCAUUUUCAAAGAAAACGAGCUAGGAAGCGUUGUAUCUGAGGAAGAACUUGCGAUUCCGGACAUUAAUAGUAAUUCCGUGAAGAACUCCGCGGCUAUUUUGGACUCAUACAAUGCAUGGAUUGGAGGAGGAAGAAAGACGGUGCCAGAAAGACAAGAGAGAAGUGAAGCUGAAGCAUCCAGUAAGGCAGUAGAAUCUAAAUCUGAAACCAAGCAGACCAACAACUCAAACACCAACAGAACCUUUAAUAUGAAGUCAUCGGUCAAAGUGGAGUCUACAGCACCGCAGAUAGCGAAAUCAGCCCCCAAACCAGCUGAAUCCGCUUUGAAGAGUUUGCAUUCGAGUGUUUCAAGAAACCAUUCGCACUCACAUUCAAAAACUCUCGGUUCGGCCUCUGUUGGUCCAUUUGAGGCACCCCUAAGAGCUGUGCCGAGAGAUUUGGCACGUAAAAUAUCAGCAGCCUCACAAACUGCGGAAAAUGACACUGGUAGUGUUGAUGAGGGCCCGGCACGCAAAAAGAGAGAUGUUGAACCAACAGACUUUGUUGGCUCGCUGAUUAUUGACCCGGCAACCUCUUUCAGCAAUGUUCGAAUCGCAAUUCCACGAGUGAGGUGGCAUAUCAACUAUUCGCUGGCCGAAGACAAAACUGUCCACUUUGAGGUUCGAAAUGGGAACGGUCACGAGUCGUAUCCUACCAGAGUUGCACUUGUGAAAAGAUCACCACUUGGAUCAACUUCGGAAACGGGCAGCAAGGCAUAUCCGGCAUCCUCAGCGGCAAACUCCGGUUUUCCGGCCUCAAAAGAGCUCUUUGUGGAUUUCAUCCCUCGCAAAGUGCACAUAGUGACGGGCUCGAAGGAUUUCUGGGCUUUGUCGACCACCGAUGGCCAAAUCAUCACGUAUACUCGCUUUGGAAGACGUCUACUACCGACUAUCGUGCUUGGGGCUCCUCUUUCGUUUCUCGAGAUGAAAGAUGAGUAUCUCCUGGCAGUUACAUCCUCAGCACAAAUGUAUGCCUGGGAUCUCCAGAAGCAGCAGGCUUUAUUCAAGCCGACUUCACUAUCAACACUUUUGAAACCACUGUUUAGGAGCAUCAACAGCACGGAAAACGGCGGCAGGUCUGCUGGGCAUGGUGGAAGAGAUUCAAAGGCUGGUGGAGGUGCACACAAUGAAGAGAAUGCAGGAAGAACUGCGGGUUCGAAUGGUGCUGCUGGAGUAUCAUUCGAUAAAAACGGUUUUGUGUUUGUCAACGGAGAGAUGCUCACACGGUCUGAAAACUUGACUUUAUGUUCAAUUACUGCCAGUGGUGUGCCAAUAGUCACUUUAAGCAACGGUAACGGUUAUCUUUACAACAGCAAUAUGGGUGUGUGGUCGAUCGUUAGCGAUUCUUGGUGGGCAUUUGGUUCCCAGUACUGGGAUUCGACGAAAUCCUUGACAGAUACUACAAAAUCUAAAACCGACGGAAGCUCGCUUCUUGGAUACUUGGAAAUGCACACAAACGACGAAAUUGCCAGGAGAGGGAGGUCCAAGUUUUUCAGCAAGAUAUCGAAGGUGAUGCUUAUGAGAGAAGGAUUCGAGAAUAUGGAGACUGUGAUAUCGCUGAAUCACUUAGAGAACAAAAUCAACUUCUACUUGUUUCUCCGUGACUUCAAGAACUUCCGCUUGUACUUGAUCAUAUAUGUGAAGCGGUUGGGUGAGUUGAAUCUUGUUGAUAGGCUCACCGAAGUGCUGCAGGAGCUCUUUUUGGAUAUGGAUGGUACGAUUUGUGGUGUCGAGAAGAGGUCAUUGUUGAAAGAGCUUGUUGUCAGCUGUGCAAAGCAAAGAGAGGUUCAAAGAAUACUUGUUCAGUAUGGUGAGAGUGUUGGAUUGCUUACCAACUCUUUGAUAUGA